GUUUGUAGUUACCUAAUACGGCUGGCAGGACCCUCCCACUAGUAGCGGAACCGUAGAUACAGGAAGCUACGUUGCCGGCUUCGACUCGAGUAUGAGAAUGUGGCUUCUGUGGGUUCUGCUGCUGUCACUGCUCUCUGCUGUUUCUGGGGGUACGGACUCCAAAGCUGUCACGACCACCCUGACAACCAAAUGGGCUGAUACUCCUCUGCUGCUUGAAGCCAGUGAAUUCCUGGCAGAGGAGAGCCAGGAGAAGUUCUGGGACUUUGUUGAGGCCAAUCAAAACAUAGAAGGAGAGCAUGAUGACACAGAUCAGGCCUACUAUGACCUGAUACUGAAGAAAGCCAGUGCCUUGCUUAGCUCCGUCCAGGUGAACAUGCUGAAGUUUGCUCUUUCCCUCAGAGCCUACUCUGCAACGGUGCACUCUUUCCAACAGAUAGCGUCCAAUGAGCCCCCUCCAUCUGGCUGCUCAGCUUUUUUCAGCGUCCACGGAGAGAAGACGUGUGAUGUCGAAAGCUUGGCAGCAAUGCUGAAAUCUGCACCUGAACGGCCAAAGCCGUUCCUGUUCAAAGGUGACCACAAAUACCCAGGAUCAAACCCAGAUGGUCCUGUUGUCAUCCUCUAUGCCGAGUUUGGAAAACCGGAUUUCCAGAGGCUUCAUGAAGUUGUAUCAUCCAAAGUCAGCGAAGGCCUGGUCACUUAUGUGCUCCGCCAUUACCUGGCUAAUCCCAGCGGAAGGACAGUGUAUCUGUCUGGGUAUGGAGUGGAGCUUGCAAUCAAAAACCAGGAGUACAAGGCGAAGGACGACACACAAGUCCAAGGAACAGAGGUGAACGCUACAGUGAUUGGAGAGAAUGAUCCAGUGGACGAGGUCCAGGGAUUUCUUUUUGGCAAACUCAAGACGCUCUACCCGGAGCUUAAAGAGCAGCUAAAAGAGUUGAGGAAACAUUUGAUUGAGAGCACCAAUGAAAUGGCACCUCUGAAAGUCUGGCAAAUGCAAGAUCUGAGCUUCCAGACGGCAGCUCGCAUUCUUGCUGCUCCCGCUGUUGAUGCCCUCAAUGUCAUGAAAGACCUCAGUCAGAACUUCCCCACCAAAGCCAGAUCCAUCACUAAAACAGUGGUCAACUCAGAGAUACGCAAAGAGAUCGAAGAGAAUCAGAAGUUUUUCAAGGGGACUCUGGGCCUGCAGCCUGGAGAUUCAGCCUUAUUCAUCAAUGGACUGCACAUAGAUAUGGACACACAAGACAUCUUCAGUGUGUUUGAGAUGCUGCGCAGUGAGACGAGAGUGAUGGACGGUCUGCGCUCUCUGCACGUCGAGACGCCGUACAUCCACGACAUCCUGAAGCUCAACGUCCAGCCCUCUGACUCGGACUACGCCGUCGACAUCCGCAGCUCUGCCAUCAGUUGGAUUAACAACCUGGAAACAGACCACAGGUACAGCUCUUGGCCCUACAACGUUCAGGAGCUGCUCAGACCAACAUUCCCUGGAGUUAUCAGACAGAUCCGCAAGAAUUUCCACAAUCUGGUAAUUAUUCUGGACCCAACUCAGGAGGCUGCCACUGAGCUGCUGAGUGUCGCAGAGAUGUUUUAUGCCAACAACAUCCCACUCAGGAUCGGGUUGGUGUUUGUGGUGUCGGAUGAAGAUGACGUAGAUGGCAUGCAGGAUGCUGGCGUGGCACUGGUGCGCGCCUACAACUACAUCAGCGAUGAAGUGAACAGUCAGAAUGCUUUUGAAGCUGUCAUUUCGAUGUAUAACCGGGUGCCUGUUGGUGGAAAGCUAAGUGUCGGCGAUGUAGUGAAGGUGCUGGAGAAGAGGUUCCCCUACGUGGAGGUCAGCAGCAUCCUGGGAGCCGACUCCAGCUAUGACAGCAACAGGAAGGAAGCCCGGGCGUACUAUGAGCAGACAGGAGUGGGCCCAUUACCUGUUGUCAUGUACAAUGGCAUCCCUUACCAGCGUGAACAGCUGGAUCCGGACGAACUGGAGACAGUCACCAUGCAAAAGAUCCUGGAGACUACCUCCUUCUACCAGAGGGCCGUCUACCUGGGUGAACUGGCUACGGAUCAUGACGUUGUAGACUACAUCAUGAACCAGGCCAACGUUGUUCCUCGCAUCAACCCCAGAGUGCUGUCCACGAGCAGGACAUACCUGGACUUGUCUGAUACCAAUAACUUCUUUGUAGACGAUUAUGCUCGCUUCUCGACACUGGACAGUAAAGAGAAGAGCACGGCUGUGGCCAACAGCAUGAACUACAUGACCAAGAAAGAUGAUGCUUACAUCCGUCCUGUGACCUUCUGGGUGGUGGGAGACUUCGACAAGCCGUCAGGACGACAGCUCCUUUAUGAUGCCAUCAGACACAUGAAAACCAGCAAUAACGUGCGACUGGGGAUGAUCAACAACCCGUCGGCUGAUCUGACCGCAGAGACGACACACGUGGCCCGAGCGAUCUGGGCCGCCAUGCAGACACAGUCUGCCAACAACGCCAAGAACUUCAUCACUAAGAUGGCCAAAGAAGAGACGGCCACAGCGCUGCAGAAGGGCGUCGACAUUGGCGAGUUCGCUGUCGGGGGUAUGGAUGUGUCUCUGUUCAAGAGUGCGUAUGAAGAAAACAAAUUUGAUGUCCUGCUCUCCCAUGCUGCCUACUGCCGAGAUGUGCUCAAACUGAAGAAAGGACAGAGAGCAGUCAUAAGCAACGGCAGAAUCAUAGGUCCACUGGAGGAUGAGGAGGUGUUUAAUCAGGAUGACUUCCUGCUUUUGGAGAACAUCAUCCUGAAGACAUCUGGAGAGCGAAUUAAAAGCAAAGUUCAGCAGUUUGGCAUCGAGGAAGACAGGGCCAGUGACCUUGUGAUGAAGGUCGAUGCUCUGCUCUCCUCCCAGCCCAAAGGAGAAGCCCGAGCAGAAUAUGACUUUGCUGAUGACCGCUACAGUGCCGUGAAGAUCCGUCCCAAAGAAGGAGAUGUGUACUUUGAUGUUGUUGCCGUCGUGGAUCCAGUAACUAGAGAUGCACAAAAGCUCGCUCCUCUCCUACUGGUCCUGAGGCAGCUGAUAAAUGUCAACAUGCGGGUUUUCAUGAACUGCCAAUCCAAACUGUCUGAAAUCCCUCUCAAGAGUUUUUACCGCUACGUGCUGGAGCCUGAGGUGAUGUUUCAGAGCGACAGUAGCUUCUCUCCUGGCCCCAUGGCCAAGUUCCUGGACAUGCCUCAGUCUCCGCUCUUCACCCUGAACCUCAACACUCCCGAGAGCUGGAUGGUGGAGUCCGUGCGCACUCGCUACGACCUGGACAACAUCUACCUGCAGGAGGUGGAGAACAUUGUGGCAGCAGAGUACGAGCUGGAGCAUCUUUUGUUGGAAGGUCAUUGCUUUGACGUCAGCUCGGGCCAACCGCCUCGUGGACUGCAGUUCACACUGGGAACGGCCUCUGAGCCGGUCAUUGUGGACACUAUCGUCAUGGCAAACUUGGGUUACUUCCAGCUCAAGGCCAACCCAGGCGCCUGGAUCCUGAAGCUGAGGAAAGGACGCUCCGAUGAAAUCUACAAGAUUUACAGUCACGAUGGCACUGAUUCUCCGGCAGACUCUGACGACACUAUAGUCGUACUGAACAACUUCAAGAGCAGGAUCAUUAAAGUCAAGGUCCAGAAGAAAUCCGACAAGUUGAACGAGGAACUGCUGAGUGAUGGGACAGAGGAGAACGACACAGGCUUCUGGAAAUCUCUGACCAGAGGGUUUACAAGUGGAGGAAAGGUGGAGGAGCCAAAGCAGGAGAAAGACGACGUGAUCAACAUCUUCUCCGUGGCCUCGGGGCAUCUGUACGAGAGGUUCCUCAGAAUCAUGAUGCUGUCAGUUCUGAAAAACACCAAGACUCCCGUCAAGUUCUGGUUCCUCAAGAACUACCUGUCCCCGGCGUUCAAGGAGUUCAUCCCCUACAUGGCAAAGGAAUACGGCUUCCAGUACGAGCUGGUGCAGUACAAGUGGCCACGCUGGCUACACCAGCAGACGGAGAAGCAGAGGAUCAUCUGGGGCUACAAGAUCCUGUUCCUGGACGUGCUGUUUCCUCUCGCUGUCGACAAGAUCCUGUUUGUGGACGCUGACCAGAUUGUGCGAACAGACCUGAAGGAUCUGCGUGACUUUGACCUGGAAGGAGCUCCGUAUGGUUACACUCCGUUCUGCGAGAGUCGGAGAGAGAUGGAUGGCUAUCGCUUCUGGAAGUCUGGCUACUGGGCGAGUCACCUCGCCGGACGCAAAUAUCACAUCAGUGCCCUGUAUGUGGUCGACCUCAAGAAAUUCAGGAAAAUAGCAGCAGGAGAUCGACUCAGAGGACAAUACCAGGGUCUCAGCCAAGAUCCAAACAGCCUCUCCAAUCUGGACCAGGAUCUGCCCAACAACAUGAUCCACCAGGUUCCCAUCAAGUCUCUGCCUCAGGAGUGGCUGUGGUGCGAGACGUGGUGUGACGACAGCACCAAGAAAAGCGCCAAGACUAUAGACUUGUGUAACAACCCAAUGACCAAGGAGCCAAAGCUGCAGGCAGCGGUGAGGAUCGUGGCCGAGUGGUCUGAUUAUGACCAGGAGGUUAAACGUCUGCAGACCAGAGUCCAGGAAGCAGCAAACCACAGAACGCAGCGGCAGCAGCAGCAGCAGCAGGAGCAGCAGGAGGACACAGACGCUCACACAGAGUUGUGAGGAUCCAGCAGUAGCUGCAGUGAAGCGGUGAACUGGACUCUGUUUAAAGAGUCUGCUUCAUGAAGACGAGCUUCUCUGGACCUGGUGACAGACUGACCACUGACAGGUCUACACCAAUCAAACGUUAGGGAUUCUUUAUUUUUCAUCUUUCCUUUUAUUAAAGUUUGAAUGGACGUUUCUAUGGCUGCGUGUGUGUGUGUACGUACGUGUGUGUGAGAAAGUCUUUUGUUCAGUGGAUCACACUCUUAUUUUCUGGUAUAAUGUUUGCACUGAUUGGGAUUCUGCCCUGUGGUUAAAGGACUCUGGAUCUCACUGCUGGUGAACUUGGGUUUCUGGUGGUGGGAUUCGGGGGUUUUCUGCGAGGUAGAUUUAUAGGUUUAUACUUACUUGUACGUGUUGUGCUCUGUUGAAAGUUCGGGAAGCCGUGGAUCAUUUGGCGGGUUUUCAAACCUUAAGGGAAAAAUUGAACAUUUCUAAGACUUUAUCUUGUGUGGAAAAAUCACCUCAGAUUUUCGUGGACAUCGUGCCUCGUCUAAACUUUUCUAUUUAAUGUGGAUGAGGACCUCAUUUUCACACUCAUCAUCAUCAGGCAUGAAAAUCCUAAACAAAAUGACUCAGCAGUUUCUUAAGGAACCUAAAAACAAUCGCUUAGACUCUCAGGGUUUGAGGGUGAAGAGUUGUCAUGAUGUGUUUUUACGUUCUCAGUUAGUCAGUGGGUUAGUUUUGGCCCCCUGAUCAUUUUGUCCAGUAAACCCCCAAUAAAGACGUGGUCCAGUGAAUCGUCACAGUUUCAUGUAUUUUUCACUUAAAUAAUGUUGAGCUUUAACGUGUUUAUUUCAUAACAAUGUCUGUUCAUGCAUUACGAAGAGUGAGAGGGUGCAAACAACACAAGCGUCAUGUUUCAAAGUGAAGAGGUUGGGUUGAGGAUGACUUGUUUCAACUAUUAUGGUUAAGUAAUGGAUCCAAACUAUUUUAGCAUAGGUGAUAAUGGAUUCAUUCAGUAUCGUUUGAUUCAUGAAAUGUCAGAAAAUGAUUUAUCAGUGUUUCCCCAAACCAAAAAUCUUUUAAGUUUAAAUGUAUUUCUUUGUCACAUGGAAACAGUAAAACCAGAAAAGAAGCUGAUGCUGUGAAGUCUCGAGUUAAAAUAGUUUUAAGCGCUAUAAUUAAUCAAUUAUGGAGUCAAUCGCCAUCACUUAGAGUAUUUUUUGUAAUUAACUGAUUUUUUGAAGCUUCUGAAAAGAAAUCAUUAAAACUGAUUGAAACACUGUAGAACAGACAAACACGUCCCCUGUAAAUGUUUCAGACUUUUAUUGUGAUUCAUUUGAAAAAAAUGUUUUACAAAAGGUAACAUUCAAUUUUUACACCAAUUCUUUAAAAAAAAAAAUCACUUAAAAUAAGUUUCUGAUACAUCAAAUUCUGAUAACUAGUUAAUGGCUUCUAUAAACAAUGUGGAAAAUAAGAUAAUAUACACGUAAAUGAAUGCUACAAACGUAAUAGACAAACAUGGGGAAGGAUUACAUGAAUUCAAAAAUGAAACAAACAAAAUGGGGG